UCGCAGCUCGCCUGCUUUCGACUGAAGGAGCUCAAGGACGUGUUGGGCCAUCUAGGCUUGUCCAAAUCCGGCAAGAAGCAGGUGCUGGUGGAUCGAAUCGAAGCGCUCUUAUCAUCCCCAUCUGUUCCCUUCAAUGGCCGCGUGCCCACCAUCACUCCCACGCAAGUAGCCGAGUUCAUUCAAGACACGUACAGAUCGCUCCGAAGCACGGGGCAGCAGGCUGACACGCCCGUCGCCUCCCCAGUGCAGCCGCAGAGGAGGCGAGAGGAGAGGGUCGACAGGGACGUGGGGGAGGGCGCGGAGAGGGGGGACGGAGGAGCAGAGACAGCUGGUAGGGCGGAGACAGGUGCUAGGGUAGAGGUAGUUGGCGGGGGAGGGAGGGCUAGUAAGAGGGCGGCUGCUGGAAGGGGGGAUGUGUACGGGCAGCAGCAGCAGCAGGUGGAGGUGAUUCGGUGUGUCUGCUUACGGAACUUUGACAACGGGAAGACUAUGAUCCAGUGCGAGGGCCAGGGGUGUGGUGUGUGGCAGCAUGUGAAGUGCGUCAUUCUGCCAGAGAACCCGCCUCUCACAGUGGAUACCUCUGCAGCGCCCCAGCCCGACCUUCCCCUCCCCGAACACCACUACUGCGAGCUCUGCCGCAUGGCCCGAGGGGACCCGUUUUCUGUCCCGGUUGCCAAUCCAAUGCCGCCAACUGCGCUCAUUCGCCUGCCCGGUGACAACAACCAGUUGCUGCAGUGCCUAGAGCACACCUUCACUCUCAACCCGCAUCCCCGCUGUAUCCACACAGUGACUACAUUAUCUUAUCCCCUUCUUGCCUCCCCCUCUCGCUCCGCACAUCCUUUCCUCCCACUUGGCUCCCUCCUGCAGCAACCAGGUGCUGCAGCGGCUAGAGCACACCUUCACUCUCAUGGUCAUUCAACCCUCCCUUCCCUCCCCCCCUUUCCAACCUACUCCCCGCAGCAACCAGGUGCUGCAGCGACUAGAGCACACCUUCACUCUCACGCCGUACGACCUUUCUCUCCUCAGACGCCCGCACCACUACCUGCAGGUGGGCUGGAUCAGCUGAAACCACAUGUAGGUCGCAGCGUGCGGUUCAUCAACCGCCCAGGGCAGCAGCUGCUGGGAUCCAACGGGUCGCAGUGUGCGGGUCACCAACCGCCCAGGGCAGCAGCUGCUGGGAUCAAACGGCGUGACUUUGUACGGGUCACCAACCGCCCAGGGCAGCAGCUGCUGGGAGCCAACGGUCGUGACGACGGCCCCUCGAUAGCAGAGGUGUGCCAUCCGGGGGACAACCACAUAGCAAAAGCAUGCCAUGCGGGGGACAACCACAUGGCCCUGGCUGCCAUCAACCGACAGCACACCCCUUCUCUCCCCUGCUUUCACCCCCCACUCCCGCCGCCCGUGCCCCUCCAGAUAGCAGAGGCAUGCCAUGCAGGGGACAACCACAUUGCCUUGGCUGCCAUUGACAAGCGCCCCUUCUGCAUCGGCGUGCGCAUCAUCCGCAAACGAUCCUUUGACGAGGUGAUGGCCAUGAUUCCUCCUCUGGACGUGGGGGAGUCACUCGAGUCUGCUUUCGCUCGAGUGAAACGCUGCGUGGGAGGAGGAGGGGGAGGCGGUGGGGGGAAAGGAGGGUCAGGUGGUGGUGGUGGUGCAGCUGGUGGUGGGGGAGGGGGUGGGCCGAAGGCAGCAGCGUCAUCUGACAGCAGUGGCAGCAGCAGCGACUUGAUUGUGAUGCAGGACCAUGUGACGCUCAACCUGCGCUGCCCUGUGAGUGUGCUUGCUUGGUGA